AUGCCGUUCCCUGCGGAGUGGCAGGACUAUUCACCAGGACAAUAUGCAAUGGAAGACAACCUUCAUUUCGACUUCUUUGACUUUGCACCCCAUCGGCAUCCACACAUGGCAACGGCACCGAUCUCCGAACCCCCGAGCCUUGGCCAAGCUACGGCGAGCAUGUCCAUGGAGUCUUCCAGAGGGAUGACUCUGCAAAGUUCCAUGUCCUCGUCAAACCCCACUCAAGUUAAAGGGAGGAGAGUACGAACAGGGUGCCUCACAUGUCGUGAGAGGCAUCUCAAGUGUGAUGAAGCUGUGCCCGAUUGUAUGAAUUGCCGAAAACGAGGUCGUGAAUGCAAAAGAGGCGUGCGUCUCAACUUCCUUGAGAUCAAUCUCCAUAGCCCUGCUGCUAUACCACACUCAGAGGAUUGGGCAGUUGAGUUCCAAGACGAAUCACGAGAUAUUGCUUCCGAAUACCGAGGCGGGCUUGGUCGCUAUGCACCGUAUUCCCCAGGACUCCAAGAUAGAUAUAAUUCGAAGGAAGAAAUACCUCUAGGGACAGAGAACUAUCCGAGGGAGGCAGGUCCUUCCACUGACCAGUUCCAAUCUAGCUCGCAACAGUAUUUCAGUUAUGCACGGGAUAACACCACACCCAGAGCUUUAGACAACUCGAGGCCCCCACCGGAUGAUGCGAUUAAACUUGAACACAACGAUGCUGGUCAGGGAAUUAUGAGUGAUGUGUCUAAUAUUGCAACGCCACCUUCGUCGACACGUUCAGUCGUAACCCCAAGGACAGAGACGUUCCCAGAACAAUUGAUAGCCAUGCGGAAUCGCCCCUUAUCACAGCAAGCGGCAGUCGAGGAUAUAGCCAAUAUGGCGUUGCCGGAUCUUGGAACAUCGCCUCGCAAUGAGAGAUCUCUGCAUGAACAAGCCAAUGAAGAUGAGAAUAUUCAUCAUCCGGCCGUCCGAAACAUCGAGCUGAUGGGCCGCGAUAUCCUCACCUCCGCUGAGGAAGUUCAUUAUAUGCAAGUAUUUGUGGAUGAUGUUGCGAUUUGGAUGGACUCGUUUAAUAGAGACAAGUACUUUACCAGGAGUAUCCCGCAUCAUGCCCUCAGGUCAACAAUGCUCUUCAACGCCCUCCUUGCGUGUGGUGUUAAACAUGCGUCUUUGAUGUCUCGGGAAAACCACGACAAGGCCUUAUUCUAUUACAACACUGCAACGACACAGCUGUUAAGGAGUUUGCAAAACCCUGACCGGAAUACUGCCGAGUGUGCAACAACGGCGAUCGUGCUGAACGUAUACGAGAUCAUGUCCGAGAAACCUGCCCAUCGAAUGAGCCACAUAGCUGGGUCUCGAGCAUUGGUUCGGGAGUGUGGAUGGGACGCAAGGAGUAACGGCAUCGGGUCGGCCUGCUUCUGGUUGAAUAUUGGGAUAGAAGUUUUGAACUGCCUCGCAGCAAAUUGGCAGACAACAUGGAGUCCCGACGAAUGGGGCAUAGACUUUCCGGACUCUGACAACCAUCAACACAACGAGGAUGGAGACGAACAGACCUGGGUACACCGUGCACUGUAUGUUGUUGCAAAGGUAACAAACUUUCGUGCAACUGCAGGCCAGUUUGACAGCAUGAGCUCACAGGCAGAACAAAACUGGGUUGGUAACCGCUUGUCGCAGUGGUAUGAGCUAAAGAAGCUCUGUGACGGCUGGAACACCCGUUGUCCGAGGGCAAUGCAUCCAUUUGGAUAUGUGAAAGCAGUAGACUCGACUGGAAACUCGGUGUUUCCUCGUAUAUGGUAG